CGCUCAGUCAGUCCCUCCCGGAGGGCGCGGAGGUGGUGGGGGAGGCAGCUGUGCAGAAAUACAGGCGCAGAGGAGUUGCUUCCAGCAGCCUAACGCAGCUCACCUGCUGGUGCUCACCUGUUCUCCAUUUCACCAUGGACAGCUCCUGCAGCCACCUGGACGCUGCUUCUUUUCUGCACAUCUGGAGAUUGUUUGAUGCUCGUGAUCGGGGCUAUAUUGAGGGAAAGCACUUGGAUGACUUUUUGGGCCACGUUAGGAAGAAAUUAGGGAAGACAGACAAGCAGAUGGAGGAGAAACUGCAGAGGCUCAAAGCUGCCAGCACUGAUGGAAACCUGCAGAUCCAAGAGUUGGCCACUAUCAUCCUGCCAGAAGUAGAGAAUUUCUUGCUGCUGUUCCGCAGAGAGACGCCGCUGGACAACAGUGUGGAGUUCAUGAGGAUUUGGAGGCACUAUGAUGCUGACAGCAGUGGAUUUAUAUCAGCUGUGGAACUGAAGAGUUUCCUCCAGGAUCUGUUUCAGCAGCACAAUAAGCACAUCACCCCAGACAAACUGGAGCAGUACACCGACACUAUGAUGAAAAUGUUUGGCAAAAACCAAGAUGGCCGCCUGGACUUAAACGACUUGGCCAGAAUUUUGUCCUUAAAGGAGAACUUUCUGCUGAAGUUUGAGAUGGAUGCCUGCAGUCAGAAGGACAGGAAGAGAGAUUUUGAGAAAAUAUUUGCUCAUUAUGAUGUGAGUAAGACAGGAGCGCUGGAAGGACCAGAGGUGGAUGGCUUUGUUAAAGACAUGAUGGAGCUGGUCAAGCCCAACCUGAGCGGCUCAGACCUAGACAGGUUCAAGCGCGCCUUGCUCAGCCACUGCGAUGUGAAUGGAGAUGGAAAGAUCCAGAAGAAUGAGCUAGCGCUGUGUCUGGGGCUGAAACUGACUCCAUAAACACAGAGAAGCACGCUGGACCGUUCCUGACCUACACAUACUAUACUGAACACAUUCACAAGCUAACUGCUAAUGCUAACCUUCCACAUAGCGUUUAGAGCAAUAAGGGGCAUAAAGACUGAGCACUACAGAGGUGGGACACAAGACAUGGAGAUACAUGUUGAUGGCUUUUAUUUAAUGCUCAUUUGAACCUUUUAAAGUAAUAAGAUAUUAUGGUUAAUCGUUUAACUGAAAGCUGUGUCGCUUUGUGAAUAGGUACUUUACUCAGUUUGGUGUUUAGUCUAAAUAAUCACUUAAACCUUUACCUCAUUGUAUGCAUGCUGUUAUUGAUCUUUUAGAUUUGAUGUUUCUGGUGGUUUUGGGCUGAUGAAUAGAUAAAUGUGAUUUACUGUU